AUGAAAAUAGCAGAAUCAAAUGAUAACUCAGAAAAAUUGCUGUCAAAAUUACUUUUUAAUUAAGUUGCCUUCCAACUACCCUAGUAAGUCCAAGAAGAAGCAACUAUAGCUUAGAUACUAACAUAUAGAAGUCCCAUUUAUAAACAAUUGCUAUACUAUUCAUUUUGCAUUUUGACUUGUAUAAUAAUUAGUAAGAAGUUUAGGCGGUAUUGGAUAUUUAUUUGCCAGAUGGAACUUAUCAUUAAAGCUAGCUUUGUUAUAUAGCUAAUGUAUUGACAUAGAGAAAGCAACUCACUUGGUAAUAACUUCUUUAGAGAAUGAAAAAGAACUAAUAAAGAUUGGGUUAAAGAAAAUGCAGAUAAAUAAGAGCGAAAAGUAAAGUAAGGUAAAAAGAAUAACAAUACACAAUUUAGUCUUUUGAGUAUCGUUUGUAUACAUAUUACUAUGAAGAUGAAUGUUUUAAAGCAAUAGAAACACCAUUUUAGACCUUAACCCAUGAAGAGAUUAUAAAUAAUUAUUCUAGAGGAGUAGAAUCACCUGAAGAAAUAGCAUCUUAAUAUGGAUAUAAUAAUACAACAAUUCCUGAUAAAAGUACAGGUAAAAUCUUGAUUGAUGAAAUUUUAACACCGUUUUAUUUGUUUCAAAUAUUUAGUGUGUGUUUAUGGAGCAUUGAAGAAUAUUAUGAAUAUGCAAUAGUAAUAUUUUUAACUUCUAUUAUUUCAAUAUUGGUGUAAUUAAGAGAAACAAAAUAGAAUUUUGCAAAACUUAGGUAAAUGACUUCUUAAGAUUCAGUGGAGAAUGUAUUUAGAGGACAAAAUGAUAUUGUUAUAUAAAAUAAAGAAAUUAUAGUGAAUAAGACAAUUAAUCAUAAUAAAUAGAAAUUAAGUUCAAAAGCAAUUGUACCAGGAGAUUUAAUAGAAGUUAGAGAUGAUUGGACAGUUCCAUGUGAUUGUAUUCUAUUAAAUGGAUCUUGUAUUAUAAAUGAAUCAAUGCUAACAGGAGAAUCUAUACCAAUAAUUAAAAACCAAAUUUAAUUCAAUAAAUUUAUCUAUUAACCAAAUGAAGACUCAAAAUCUAUUACUUUAUUUGCUGGAACUAAAUGUUUAGAAGCAAGACAUCCAGAAAAAGGACAGAUUCCAGUUUUAGCAUUAGCAGUAUAAACAGGAUUUUCAACAAUAAAAGGAUAAUUGGUUAGAUCUAUUUUAUAUCCGAAACCAACUACUUUUUCAUUUUAUAAAGAUUCUUUAUCAUUUAUAGCAGUUUUAGCAAUGAUGUCUUUAGUGGGUUUUUCUUUGACAAUAAAAGAUUAAGUAGAUGAAUUAAAAGAAGAAAAUACUACAAUAUUUCAAAUGAUUAUAAAUUCUUUAGAUUUGAUUACAAUUACUGUACCUCCAGCAUUACCAACAUGUCUAUCAAUUGGAGUUUCAUUUGCUUUAGCUAGAUUGAGCAAGAAAUCUAUUUAUUGUAUAUCACCUAAUAAGGUAAAUGUGGCUGGGAAAAUAACUAUAAUGUGUUUUGAUAAAACAGGUACAUUAACAGAAGAUGGUUUGGAUCUUUAUGGAGUACGUUCUAUUGGAUAUAAUCAUAGUAAUUAUUUUAUAUAUAUAUAUUUUAAUAGAAAAAUCAAAGAUUUGUUUUUAAGAUUUAAUUAUAGAUGUUAAUGAAUUACCUACUCCUAAUGUAUUGUUUUCAAUGAAUUUAACAGGAUAAAAUGUAUAUGGAUAGACUAAAUUAUAACCAACUUAAUUGAUUUUAGAAAUUAUGGCAUCUUGUCAUGGAUUGGCUAAAGUAAAUGGACAAUUAAUAGGUGAUCCUUUGGAAGUGAAAAUGUUUGAAGCUACUAAUUUUGAAUUAGAUGAUUUACAUAAUGAAGUUUUUAAAGAUAAUGAAAGAAUUUAAAUAUUAAAAAGAUUUGAUUUUUCAUCAACUCUUUAAAGGAUGAGUGUUAUAGUUUAAAGAAAUGAUAGAUUAAGAGUGCAUGUAAAAGGAUCUCCUGAGAAAUUAAGAGAAUUAUGUCAUCCUACAACUGUUCCUAGAAGUUUUCAUAAGAUACUUGAACAUUAUUCAAAGAUGGGCUUUAGAGUAUUAGCUUGUGGAUCUAAGGUUAUUGAUAGUGAAUGUAAUAGAGAUAAAGCUGAAUGUAAUUUAACAUUUUUAGGUUUCUUAAUUAUGUAGAAUAAACUUAAACCAGUUACUCGUAGUAUAAUCUAAACAUUAUAAGAUGCAAUGAUUAGAACAGUUAUGGUUACAGGUGAUAAUGUUUUAACUGCUAUUUCUGUUGCUAGAUAAUGUAAUCUUGUAUAACCAAAUUAACGUAUAUUUUUGGGAGACAUUGCAGAAGAGAAGUUGGAUGGAAAGAAUCAUAUAACUUGGAAAGACUUUGAUAUGAAUGAUAAAGUACUAAAUCCAGAGAAUUUAUCUCCUGAAUUAGAUAUUAAAGAUGAUUCUGGGGAUGAAUUUGAAACACCUGAAUUAUUUGGAUAAUAGGAAUAGUAAUAUGAAUAAUAAAUGGAAAUCGUAAUUGAAGAAAAUGAGAAAGUUGCUAAUUCUUAAAGUUAUGAAAAUAGGAAAAGUAUGAAUUUGAAGAAGAGCAAAUAUUAAAGUUAUAAGGAAUAAGAAGAGUAAUUAAAAGCUGAAAAUCUUGAUCAUUUAAUUGAUGAUUAGGAUCCAUGGAAGACAGAUUAACCAUUUGUAGUAGCUAUAUCUGGAAAGGCAUUUUAAUUAUUAUUAAAUCAAAUUGAUACAAAUCCAAAGGCAAGAAGAUUAUUUGGUUUGAUGUUAGAAAAAGCAUAGAUUUUUGCAAGAAUGAAGCCUGAAUAGAAAGCAUAACUUAUAACACAUUUGUAAAAGAUUAGUAAAAAGGCAUUAUGUGGUAUGUGUGGUGAUGGAGCAAAUGAUUGUGGAGCCUUAAAAGCAGCUGAUGUUGGAAUCUCUUUAUCUGAUGCAGAAGCAUCAAUAGCUGCUCCUUUUACUUCUAAGAUUUAAAAUAUAUCUUGUGUUGUAAAAUUGUUAAGAGAAGGAAGAGCAUCUUUGGUUACAAGUUUCUAAUGUUUUAAAUAUAUGGCUUUGUAUAGUAUGAUUUAAUUUAGUACUGUUACUUUGCUUUAUUUUACUCUUUCAAAUAUGUCAUCAUUGGAAUACUUUUAUAUAGAUUUAUUCAUAAUUAUACCAUUAGCUGGAACUAUGGGUUAAACUAAAGCAUACAAAAAGUUAACUUAAUUUUAACCAGGAUCAAAUCUAAUUUCUUUUCCAGUUUUAUUAUCUGUAAUUGGUUAAACUUUAAUUUAAAUUGGAUUUUAAACUUUUGUUUACUUUUAUAUGAAGAAUCAAUCAUGGUAUAGAUCAGGAGUAGAUAUUCAUAAAGAUAUAGGAGAUAUUGAUGAUCAUCUUGAAAUGGAAAUAUGUUAUGAAAAUACAAUAUUAUUCUUAUAUGCUAAUUUCCAAUAUGUAUUCCAAUGUGUUGCUUUUUCAAUUGGUAAACCAUUUAGAAGAGAAUUUUAUACAAAUAUUUAUUUCACUUUAUGGAUAAUUUUAGCUAUGCUCUUUAAUAGUUAUAUCUUCUUAAUUGAGAAAAGUGGUUUUUAGGAUAUUUUUAUGGUAUAAAUGUAUAUUUAUAUUUUUAGUUAAUGUUUGAAUAUGAAUCUACAAAGAAUGCUGAUUUAAGUACUGAAAUUGAUAGAUAAUGGAUGUAUUGGUUGUAUGGGAUUAUGAUAAUAAAUUUGAUUACUACGAUUAUAUUUGAGAAAUAUAUAGUGCCAUUUACAACUAGAUUUUAUAGAGGGAAGAAAAGAAAGUUGUUAAAGAGAUAUAAAUAUUCUUAAAAUCCAUAUCUGAAUGAUCAAUUAGAAUAGAAAUGA